AACAAUCAGGCUCAUCGCAAGGCGCCUUCGGUGUUCCCAUGGUUCGGCGCGGGUUCGGCGUGGCGUGCGCCCUGAUGGCAUCGCAGCAGGCCGGCAUCCUGGGAGAAAGCCUAUCUCUGGCCCCUCCCGACAUGAGCCAACUUCCCCGGCGACUAAACAACAGACAAUGCGCGCGCCAGCCCGUCCGCCCCUCCUCCGCGCCGUCCCAAUGUCGGGGAAGCGACUUUAAUUCGCGCAGGUCACGCCGUGGUGCUGACUGGCAAGAAGCUGUCGAUUGGCUGACGAGUCGCUUACCGAGAGCUGCACGCCGCCUUCUUUAACGCUGCUCCCCCACAUGCCC